AUGUUUUUCAACAACUGUAAUGGUCUUGGGAUGUACAAUCUUCGACACUUGAACAGCCCUCGAAACCACAUAAGUCUAAGCUGUUCAAAGAACAUCCAUGUAUGGGGUCUGAGACUGAUUGCACCUGGUGACAGUCCCAAUACGGAUGGAAGUCUUGGAGAAAAUGGUGAAUUUGCAACCGUUGAAGAAGUGAGAGUGAAGAACUGCACUUUCACAAACACACAGAACGGUGUCCGGAUCAAGACAUUCCAGGCUAACGGAUCAGGAUAUGCUCGGAAAAUCUCAUUCGAGGAUAUCAACAUGGUCGCUUCAGAGAACCCUGUUAUCAUCGACCAGAAAUACAACAAUCAUGGGAGCAAGAACGGAAGAUUAAACAGCUAUCAAAGCUCUCAUUUAACCAGCUCGUUAGGAGAAGCACGGAGUAAGUCAGUUAAUGGCAAAGGCGUGAAAGUGAGCGAUGUGCGUUACACCAGAAUCCACGGGUCAUCUGCGAGCGAUCAAGCCAUCACAUUGAACUGCGACGCGGAUUUGGGGUGUGCGAAUAUAGUGAUGGACCAUGUGAAUAUGGUUUCGGCGACAUCAGGACACAAAGUGUUUGCUUCCUGCAACAAUGCUCAUGGGAGCUAUGUUUCUUCACUAGCGAGUUGUCUCACAAAGGGAUGA